AUGGGUGAAGAUAUCAUUGGCCUCUUUCUCUCGACCGAACCGCUCCGCGAUGCGAAUGCGAUAUCAAGCGACGAUGACCCACAACUGCGGCGGUUUAUCCAUGAUCAAGAAAGCAUUGAACAACCCUGUGUUAUCGGCUGCGGAAAACACGGCGUCGUGGUGCUAGCAUCCAUUCAGGGCAUGCUUUGA